UACUGCAACGGGUUUCCCGUUUCCAUGCCGCUCGGAGUAGCUUAGCCGGCGGCCUAUCCCAAUCAGGCCGUCCGUUCCGGGGCGCACGGUCCCGCCCGCCCUUCAAUCAUGGAGCCCGCGGCGGCCGACGCACCCCAACAACCCCAGCUAUCAGCCGCCUCGCACCGUCCGAUCCUUAUCGGCCGGCCGGGAUCCCUCGCGGAGCCGUCGUGCGGCUGCCGCCUACGGCUCCGCUACUCCCCUACUAGGGGCCCCCUGCCUCUGUGCCGCCGCCCUAGCCCGCCCGUUAUUAACCCGGGCGCCGCAGCGCUGAGCCUAUCUCCCACGAACUCCCCCCUCCCUCCUCGCAAGAGCCACCACGACGCCGUGCGCCUGCAGCCGCGAUCUACCGCCCGGCGAGACGAGCGCCCCCGCGCCCCCAGGGAAUGCGGAGCGAUGAGGCGGCGCUCAGGCACUGACGUCGCCGGCCAGCGCGAGCUGCGCGGCGGCCGCACCUGCCACCGCAAGCACGUCGAGGACGGGUAGACCCAUCCAUCCCAUCCUUCCCGCCGCUAGUCGUCGUAGGGUAGAGUUUUCUCUCUGUUUGGAUUGGAUCGGAAGAAGUAGUAGUAGGGGGAUCGACCGAUCGAGCGAUCGAGCAUCAUGGGUGAGGGUGACGGGGAGGUGAAGGCGGGCGGGGUGCUGCAGGGGCGCUACGAGCUCGGCCGCGUCCUGGGGCACGGCAACUUCGGGCGCGUCCACGCGGCGCGGGACCUGCGCACGGGCCGGAGCGUGGCGGUGAAGGUGCUGUCCAAGGACAAGGUGGUGCGCGCGGGCAUGAUGGAGCAGAUCAAGCGCGAGAUCGCCGUCAUGAAGCGCGUGUCCCACCCCAACAUCGUCGAGCUCCACGAGGUGAUGGCCACGCGCUCCAGGAUCUACCUGGCGCUCGAGCUCGUCCGCGGCGGGGAGCUCUUCGCGCGCAUCGUGCGCGCCGGCCGGGUCAGGGAGGACGUCGCGCGCCGCUACUUCCGGCAGCUCAUCUCCGCCGUCGGCUUCUGCCACGCGCGCGGCGUGUUCCACCGCGACCUCAAGCCGGAGAACCUCCUCAUCGACGACGCGGGCAACCUCAAGGUGGUCGACUUCGGCCUCAGCGCGCUCGCCGACCACGCCCGCAGCGACGGGCUGCUGCACACGCUCUGCGGCACGCCCGGGUACGUCGCGCCGGAGGUGUUCCGGAACAAGGGAUACGACGGCGCCAAGGCCGACAUCUGGUCGUGCGGGGUCAUCCUCUACGUGCUCCUCGCCGGCUCGCUCCCGUUCCCGGAGGACAACAUCGCCGCCAUGUUCAAGAAGAUGAGCCGCGGGGACUACCGCUGCCCGCCGUGGCUGUCCACGGAGGCGCGCAGGCUCAUCCCCAGGCUGCUCGACCCCAACCCGGACACACGCAUCACCGUCACCCAGAUCGUCGAGACGCCGUGGUUCAAGAAGCCGUCCGUCGCGAGGCCCGUCAAUGCCGCCACCGAGCCGCCGGCCGAGCCCGCCUGCGCCGCCAAGGACAGCGGCGACAAGGACGAGCCGCCGGAGACGCUGAACGCGUUCCACCUGAUCUCCCUCUCCGCGGGGUUCGACCUCUCACCUCUGUUCGACGUCGAGGGGGGCUCCGCGAGGAGCCACCGGGAGGGCGGCAUGCGGUUCGCGACGCGGGAGUCGGCGAGUGGCGUCAUCUCCCGGCUCGAGGAGGUGGCCGCCCGCGGCGGGGGCCGGAUGCGGGUGACCAAGAGCGGUGCCCGCGGCGUGCGGUUCGAGGGCGCGGAGCGCGGGGGCCCCAAGGGCCGCCUCGCCGUGGCCGCCAACAUCUUCAGCGUGGCGCCAUCCGUGCUCGUGGUCGACGUCAAGAAGGACGGCGGCGACACGCUCGAGUACCGGUCCUUCUGCAGCGACGAGCUCCGGCCGGCGCUCAAGGACAUCGUCUGGGCCGCCGACCCGGCACCCGCCGCCACCGCCGUCGUUUGACGCCGCGCCGCCGCGCAUUGCUCUGUAUCGUAGUGCCAUUGUUUAUUACUUUAGUCAGUGUCAGUUUCAUUUUUCACCCCAAGGUGAUUGCGUCGCUGUUCUUGAUUCGAUAAUGACGUGAGGUUGCUGUUUGUGGGGGCAGUAGCAAGAGGAAUCUGUAUCACAAUCGCUGCCUAGAGCACCUCCUCUGCAUAAUUGAGUUGUUUUUGUGAUGGUUUAUGGUACA